AUAUACUUUGUAAAUAUGUAAUUUUAAUUAUUUUAUAAAUAUCGAGUUUACUUCGGUAUAAAUGUUUUUAAGUAUGAGAUUAUCUAACCGCAUGUGAUUAUCAUGUAAAAAAUUCAUGAUACCUAAACGCCAAUGCCAUUUGUUGAACGUAAUGGUCUGUCAACAUGGUUGCAUUUUCCAAGUGUUCGAGGAUUACCAGCGAGAAAGCAUUUCAUCCUUGGUCAAGCUCUUCUAGUUAUGUCGCUCUAGAAGUGUUCUCUUCUAUUUUCAGGCGAUCUUUUAAAAUGUAUGGCAGCUUGUACUUGUUCGCCGCAUUUCUCAGACGCAAGAAUUGGGAAUACUUCAAAAAAGAGUUGCUCCCUGAAAUUUUACAAUCCACCACAUUCUUGUCAAUAAAUGGAGGUCUCUUUGUGGCACUCAUCUGCCUUUUCAGGAAAAUUCUUGGGGUCUUAACAUAUCCCACGUCUUGCUUUAUACCCGCAGCCAUUGCAAGCUACUCUGCAAUCCUUGUGGAAAGACCUCAACGGCGUGGCCUCUUGGCAUUAUAUACGUUCAAUAAUGCAAUCGAAGCUGUCUUCAAUGCACUUGUUCAAAAUAACAUCAUCAAAAAAGUACCAUAUGGAGAAGUGUACAUAUUCUGUUGUGCUACUGGGUUAUUGAUGUACUUGUACAGGAAAAACAAGCUGAACAAUGGAUUUUUGAGAAGUAUUGUGAGAUUUCUUCUUAAUGAAAAAGCCAAUGGUGAUUCUAAUGGUCCUUCAAAUAAUCACUUGGUUAUUGACUAUAAAAAUAUUUAUCGCAGAUUGUUAGCACCUUUUAAAGCAUUUUCACUUGGUUAUUUGGUGGAAGUUUUGCCUAGAAUUCUUAAAUCCAUUUCAAUGCCCAGAAAAAUUCCAACGCAUCUUUUGGACAAGAGCAACUUCUAUUUGGGAUUCUUUCUUGGUAGCUUUGUCUCCACAUUCCAACUGAUAGAAUUCCUAAUGACUGUAAUCCGAAGGAAAAGAGAUUCUCUUAAUAGUCUAAUGGCAGGUGCUGCAUCUGGAUUAUCAUUGCUCUUUUACAGAAGUUCAACUAUUAGUUUGUAUUUACUCACGAAAGUUUUAGAGAUUGUAUUGAAAAAUGGUCAGCUUGAAGGAUAUAUUCCUUUCCUGCCCCAUGUCGAUGUCAUUGUCUACACAAUCUCAACAGCCACUAUUUUUCACAUGUGCUUUCUUCAUCCUUUAAGUGUGCGGCCAAGCUAUUGGAAGUUUAUUUGUCAUGUAACUAAUGACAAAGUCAUUCCAGGAUCCAAGAUGCUUCCAAAAAUCUUCAAAACAUAAACUCCUAGUCAGACAUAAUCAUGACAUUUAUUUCAUCUUCGUAUUUACAUAUGCAAUAUAUAUAGAUAAUGUGAUAUCUUAAUUAAAAAGUGUUCAUGACACAAUGAUAA